UCUGUUUUGACGUAUUUCCGGAGCUCCUACUCUACGGAGUUCUGUGCGGGAGGGCAGGGCUUCAGUGCUUGCGGAUUCUCGGAGAACCUUUCGUUUCACUUGUUUGGUAGUGCCACCCUUCGAGCCCAGCGCCAUGGGAGUGACUUGGACCCUAAGAUACUGUCAGGAGUGGGACUUGAGAAUAUAGCCUCUCCGGACCAAGAUGCACCUGCGGACAGGGCCAGAGGGGGUGAGGGGAGAUGAACGAGUGUGUCCCAGAUGCCUGUGGCUGAGGGCAAGAGUGUCCAGCAGACAGUGGAGCUCCUCACCCGGAAACUGGAGAUGCUGGGGGCAGAGAAGCAGGGAACGUUUUGUGUGGACUGUGAGACUUACCACACAGCUGCUUCCACUCUUGGCAGUCAAGGUCAGCCUGGGAAGCUGAUGUACGUGAUGCACAACUCUGAGUACCCGCUGAGCUGCUUCGCCCUCUUCGAGAACGGCCCGUGCCUCACCGCUGACACCAACUUCGAUGUGCUCAUGGUGAAGCUCAAGGGCUUCUUCCAGAGCGCGAAGGCCAGCAAGAUCGAGACCCGGGGCACCCGCUACCAGUACUGUGAUUUCCUGGUGAAGGUGGGCACAGUCACGAUGGGGCCCAGUGCGCGGGGCAUCUCCGUGGAGGUGGAGUACGGCCCCUGUGUGGUGGCUAGUGACUGCUGGAGCCUGCUGCUCGAGUUCCUGCAGAGCUUUCUGGGCAGCCACACACCAGGGGCUCCUGCAGUGUUUGGGAACAGACACGACGCCGUCUAUGGCCCAGCAGACACCAUGGUCCAGUACAUGGAACUCUUCAACAAGAUCCGCAAGCAGCAGCAGGUGCCAGUGGCUGGGAUUCGGUAGCGACUGGCAGGUUCCAGCUGAGCCACACCAGGGCCCCGGACCUCAGAACCAGAGAGACAUGAGAGCGCCUCUCCCUCUGCGUCCCAGCCGUGGCUGUGUUCUGGGCUCUGCACUCCCUCCCCGUUACCCGCAAGCCUCCAGCAGCUGCUCUACCGGAUUUGGCCUGUCCUCAAGAACAGUAAUUAGGAAGCAUGGAGAUGCUUGGACCUCUGUUGCUUUAGGGGAAAGGUAGGACAGGGUGUUCCUACCCCAGCUUUGAGGGUUUGCCCCAGGUCCAGGGGCCAUGCUGUGUUGAGCCCCUCCUGGAGGUAGAGGGAGGAACAGCUGACAGGGUGGCUCUGUUUUUGUGACCUGUCAGCUGUAGUGAUUUGGGGGAACUGACUUUCCAAGGGUGUGGCCUGAGUCCUUUGAGCUCUCUCACAUCUCCCUUUGGUUGUGAAUUACAUGAAUACACAGGCUAAGUUAUUGUAACAGAAUCAAAAGGACAUGGCUUUCACUGGGGGGCUGGGGAUUUAGCUCAGCGGCAAAGCGCCUGCCUAGCAAGUGCACGGUUGUGAGUUCGAUUCCUGGUACCGGAAGAAAAAACAAACAAACAAAAAAAGGACAUGGCUUUCACUAGAUAGAAGUUUAGCUUCUUUUGUUGACAUUUCAGAGGUCAGCAAGAGGCCAAGGUAGAUUUAAUUCUGCAAGGUCAUCAGGUACUCUGUUUUCUUAAUCUUACUUAGCCACCCCCAGGAUGUUGUCCUUACCUACAAGGCCAGAGUAGACGUUUAAGCUCCACAUCCACAUUCUGUUAGGGAAACAGAAAAGCUCUCUCCCUUUCCCCUCCCUUCCCUUCUUUCCUUUUCUCUUCUUUCCCUCUUUCUUUUUUUUUUUUUU